UGGUGCACAAGAAGAAAAUAUUUUUCGUCGUACAAAUUAUUAUAUUAGUUUAGAUUAUUCAUUAGAUCAAAAUAUACCAUAUAUACAACAUAAACGAUCUAAAUGUGAUUCAAAUGGUAAAUUAGAAGGUAUGUCAAAUACAAUGUAUCCAAUUGAUGAAUUUGGUGCAAUUUAUACAAAUGGUAUUACAAUAUUUCGUGAUACUGAAGAUAAAGGAUAUGAAUUAUUAUCUGAACCAUUGUAUAAUAUGUCAGCAAUAGCUUUACCUGCUUAUCGUAAUCCAAAAACUACUAAUAAUCAUCAACAAUUAAUUGAUAAAUAUGCUGUUGGUACAAGAAAAAAAAUAGAAAAUUUAUUUGCAAUUGCUUAUAAAAAUGGUCAUGAUUCAUUAGUAUUAUCGGCAUUAGGUUGUGGUGCAUUUCAUAAUCCACUAGAACAUAUAGCAUUAAUAUUUAAAAAUGUUAUUGAACAAUAUGCAGGAUUUUUUAAAGAAAUUAUAUUUGCUAUUAUUGAUGAUCAUAAUACAAAAAAAUUAACGAAUCCAGAAGGAAAUUAUAUACCAUUUAAACGUAUUUUAGAUGGUGAAAUAGUAAAACCAUCAUCAAUAUUAAAAAAUAGAAUGAUGAUUGGACCAUAUAAAAUUAGUAAUAUAAAUGAUAAUAAAUUAGCUAUAAAAAGUUUUAAAAUAGGUGAUAUUCCUCCAUGUCCAUAUGCUGCAAAAUGUGAACAUAUAUUGAAUUAUAAACAUUGUAGAGAAUUCUUACAUCCAUCAAUUUGUCCGUAUGGAAAUUCAUGUACUCACAAUAAAAGUCAAGUACAAACGGAUAGUAGAAAUAAUAUUGAAAUUAAUAAUUUAUCAGAUUAUGUACAUGAACAGUUUUUUGUUCAUCGAUUUGAAUGUAAACAUGGUGGUAAAUGUGAAUUAGCUAAUAAAAAUGAUCAACAACAUUUAGAUGAAUAUUAUCAUCCUGAAUUUUGUUCAGCUGGUGGACAUUGUUCUACAACAGAAAACAGUCAUCUUUUAACGUAUCGUCAUGUCCCAAUAUGUGAAGAUGGUCUUAAUUGUAAUCAAUAUUUGAAAAAAUCUGAACAACAUUGUAAAUCAUUUAGACAUUGUAAAAUGGCUUGUGACUAUCGUGGUAAUUGUAUUUAUUUUAAUGAUACAAAUCAUCUUACAAAAUAUGAACAUCCAUUUAAUCAACCAUGUCCAUUUACACCAUAUUCAUGUAAACAAUAUAUAAAAUUUUUACAAUAUAAUGAACAUAAUCUUAAUCAAGAAAUAAAUAAAACUAUGUAUGAAAAAUUAAAAAUACAUUAUUUAAAAUAUUCACAUGUUUGUUCAUGGGGAAGAAAUUGUACUGAAACAAAGAGUGAAGAACAUAUGAGAAAUACUAUUCAUAUUCCAAGAAAAAUGUGUUCAGAUUUAGAUAAAUGCAAUAAAUUGAUAGAAGAUGAUCAUUUAAAUAGUUUUUCACAUCCUAAUAUAAGAGAUAUUCGUUUACUAUGUGAUUAUUCAACAAAUAAAUGUAAAGAUCGUAAUAUUGAAGGUCAUUGUAUCAAAUAUAGACAUAGAUCAUUUGAAGAACCAUUAGGAGUUGCAAAAUCUUUUGCACUUAACAGAAAAAUUAAUUUUACUUCUAAUCAGAAUGAGAUAACAAAUAAUAUCAAAACUUAUUAUAAGAAAACAAAAAUAGAAAUAAAAUCGGACAUAUUAAAUUGGAUUCGUUCAUUACAACCUGUACAUCGUUGUACACAUGAAAUAUUUGAAUCAAUAAUUGUUCAUGGACAUGUUAUGAGUCGUUCAUAUAUGAAUCAUUUAAAAGAUCCAAAUUUUGUUGCAGAUGCUGCUAAUGAACAUAAUGAUAUUCGAAGAAUUGUUGCUCAUCGAAUUCCAAGUGAACUAAAAUUGAUUAAAGAUUAUAUUUUUGAUAUUAUAUCAAAAGAAUAUAUUAAUUUGAAAAAAGAUAAACUUAUUCAACUAACUGAUGAAGAAAUAAAUGAUAUGGAUAAUGAACUUAAUAGUAAACCACAAGCAAUAAAUUUUUUAAAUUUAUUUAAACCAAACGAAAUAGAUAUAAUUCGUUCACGUACAAUUGACAUAGCUCAUGCAUCAAUUACAUUACAUAAAAGUCCAUUAGGAAUUGGCUAUAAACCUGAUCAAGAUCUUGGAACACAUCAACAUGUAUUUAGUAUACUUGGUCCGCAUACAGGACAAUAUUAUGGUGAUAUAGUUAUUGUAUUUAAACAUGAAUUAAUGUUACAUCCUGAUGCAAAUUUUACUGUUCAAGCAGCAACAACAUUUAAUAGUGGUAAUACAUAUAAAUUUCGUCCAUGGGUAAAAGAUCCUGGUAUACAAGAAGAAAGAUGGAAACAAUUUCAUUCAUCUAAAUUACAUUGUUCAAUAGAAGGAUAUGAAUAUUCAGCUGCAUUAGAAUUAAUGGCUACUACUGGAUUAGAAAAGAAACAAAUACAAGUAGAAUUAACAGAUAUAAUUAAUCGAUGGACUUCUGUAGAUUCACAUCAUAUAUUUGAAGCACAUUUACCACAAUUAAUUCCAUUAAAUUAUAUUGAUUAUAUAUAUAUGCCAAAGAAUAUAUUUGAAUCAUUAUCACCACAGAUACAACACAAUACAAAACAAUUAUUCAGAAAUUCAUUAACUAUUACAGAAAAUAUAGUAUCAUUAACACAAGGUUUAGGUUCAAUUCAACUACCAGAUCCUUCAAGAAUAAACUAUCAGAAUUAUAUAAUUGAACAAUUAUUAAAUCGAAUUAAAAGUCGUAUAUUUAGUUUAUCAGAUGCUCGUAUAUUAUCAACAUUAUACUCUAUUACAAUCAGUAUUCCACCUACAUCAUUUAAGACACAAGUUACAAUUCCGGAAACAAUUUCAAAAUAUUUAUCAAAAAUAAAUAGAAAAAAAAAUGGUGAUGAUUGUAUAUAUAUUUAUUUUAAAGCUUUAAAAGGAGAUUUUAUGAUUAUAUUAACAAAUGAUCGUAUUGACACAAAGAAAACACAACAAAAUCUACAAUGUUUAACUUGUUAUGUUGCACCAAUACCAAUUGAUCAUGAUACAGAUGAUUGUCAUUAUCCUAAUCCUUGGAGUUAUAUUAAUAAUAAUCCACCAUCAGUUCAUGAAAUAGUUGUAGAAAAAGGUGAAUUUAAAGUUGGAACAAAUUUAUUUCAUCAAGGAUGUAAUACAGAUGAUUUUAUUAGUUAUUGUUUAAAAAUUAAACGUAAUACCGGUGAAGUUUCAUUAAUACAUUGUGGAGCAAAUAGUAUUUAUAAUCAUAUACCAUUGAAUUGUACAUUUAGUAAAUCAGAUAUAGAUUUAACCUCCUUAGAAUAUAUUCAUCUUGCUGCUGGGUCACAAAUAGUUGCAUUUCAAAAUGUAAUGAUAAAACAUCAACAAAUUGAUGAAUUUCAUACGUCAUAUAUCAUUGAAUAUGGUAAUAAUAAUAGCAUGAAUUGUGGCAAUAGUAACACUAAGAAAUCAAACAUAGAUUCUAAUUCUACAAGUACUCAUGAUAAUAGUGAAAAUAAAUGUACUGAUAUACUUCCUCUUGUGAAAGAUUUGGCAUUAGGUAACAAAGAUAAUGAUGAUUCUGAUAGAGAGAAAUAUUUAACAUCAUUCAAUGAUUCUGUAUUGAAUAGUAAUGAUGAUGGUAAUUCUAAUAAGCAACAACGUUUGAUACCAUGUAAAGAUUCUAUUAAUUGUUUAAUUCAAUAUUCUCAAUCAGAUUCACAUAAUUCACGUUAUUCACAUCCAUGCCGUUUUUCCGAAUUAUGUAAUCGUAUCAAUGAUAAAGAACAUACUUUAAGAUAUACACAUAUAAAAAAUGAUAUUAAACAAUGUACAUCUGGUCAAAAUUGUACACAAAUUAUUGAUCCAAUUCAUCGUAGUCAAUGGCGACAUAUUGGUCUACCGGACUUUUUAAUUCCGUGUAGAUUUUGCGAAAGAUGCAAAGAUAGAUCAAUUGAACAUAAUAAAAGAUAUAGUCAUGGUGAACUAGUUAAAUUACCACAAAGUUAG